AUGCCGCCACCGCCCCGCAGCAUCGCCCCGCCCGGCUCCGUCCGCCACUGCCCCGGCCGCACGCCGCCGCCGCUCCACCGCUCUCCGAUGGCUCCGAAAAAGACGCCGAAGGGCAAGUCGGGCUUCUUCGGCGUGAGGCAGAAGCCCUCCGGUAACUGGGGCGUGGAGUUCUCCGACGCCGGAAGGCGUUGGUGGAUCGGCACGUACCCCUCCGCCCACGAGGCCGCGCGUGCCUACGACGUGGCGGUGUGGCGUGCCGAGAGGCCUCGGUCGCACCUCAACUUCCAGAGAUCGAGAGUCGAGCGGAAGCGGAGAUGCUUGUGCCGCAGGGCAUCAACAUGA